AUGAUUAAAGCCAGAAAUGCUGGGCAUUUUGCAAUAAUCAGAAAAAAUAUAUUGUAUAUACUCGUAGAUGGCAAGCUAACAACUCCAAAGGAAAAAAUGACCCACAAGAAACAACACAAACAGAACACUAUCAACCUGCAAUCUACAAGAGCAAAUAUAUGGCUGGCAGCUGUUACCAAGCAGAAUGUGAACGCUGCAAUGGUAUUUGAGUUCCUGCUCAAGAUCAUAGAUGUGAUGCAGUCAUACUUCGGCAAGAUCUCUGAAGAGAACAUCAAGAACAACUUUGUUCUUAUCUAUGAGUUGCUUGACGGUAAGUAA